AUGGUCACCAAGAGAAGAAAAAAGCUAGCACCUUCUGUUUUCAACAUAUAUCGACCAAAUCUUGGCGAUAAAGGAAUAGAAUCCUUCAAGGCUUCUUCCUCGUCCUGCUCAGUCAGCUCAUCAGAGUCCUCUUCAUCAUAUACUGUGUCUUUACCAAUAUCUGACGAGAAUGAGCACAAGAAUUUAAAAGAAGCAACUACCAUUGCAGAUCAAGAUUAUAUUAUCUUGGAAGGACGGAAAUAUUUGAAUACGCCAGGAAAUCAUUUUUACUCGCCAUGCGAUGAUGAGGAAGCAGACCGGAUGGUGAUGAUGCAUUUUUUAAUAAAAUAUGCUUUUGGUGGUAAUUGGAAUGCACCUAUACAAUCCAUCCUACAGUUCAAGUCCAGCCGUGAGAAUCCGUCUAAGGUUCUAGACGUUGGAUGUGGAACAGGUACUUGGGUGUUAGAAAUGGCCUCCGAAUUCCCACACGCAGAAAUCUAUGGAAUUGAUGUUCGUGCCAUGUUUCCACAUACGAGUAAUCCAUCUAAUACACAUUUUAUUCAGUACGACUAUUUAAAGCGCUUGCCUUAUCCGGAUAAUACUUUUGAUUAUAUUCGAAUGCGGCUAAUGCUCGCUUUUACUACUGAAAAACAAUUUGUACGCUUACUGUCCGAGAUGCAUCGAGUCUUAAAGCCAUUAGGCUACAUAGAGAUUCUAGACUGUGAAUAUAGAAUACAUCAUAAUGGUGUUGAAACUGCAAAGUUGGAGGAAGGAAGUAAGCGAGGACGGCCAAUGCAUUAG